AUGUAUGGUUUUAAUCUGAGGAUGCAGAAGAAAGGGCGGCCUCGAAUGUCAGUGCCACAGUUUGGGGGGUGGGAUCAAAACGGUGGGGCAGAUGUGAGUUCAGGGUACACAGUGGUGUUUUCAAAGGCUCGAGCUGAUCGACAGCAUCAAAAGACUGACUUAUCUGAGGUCAAGCGUCAAACUCAUCAACUCCAAGAUCAUCAUCAUCUUCAUCAUGACAAUAAUAACCUUCCCAAAAACCAAGCUCAUCACCACCACCACCACCACCACCACAAGAGGCAUGAUCGUCAUGUAUUGAUGAAUAUAAUGUUUAUGAUUGUGCAGGGGAAAAAGAGAAACAAGAUAAUGUCAUGGAUCUUCUGCUGUAUUAGGCCUUGA